CAAUAACUUGGUAAUAAUUGAUGAGAGCAGAGCGCCAGGGCGGACGACCUAGCGGGUCCCGCCUUGCGCGCCGCUCAGUAGCGGGGAAUGCGGUACGCGAGGUGGCGGUGUGGGCGUCAGGUAUUGAUUGGGCACUGAUGUUCACGUAACGUUAUCUACGGAGGGGUGUAUGGUGGCAGGUCUUUUACAGGGGCACGCAACGCAACGCGCGCGCGUCACGGACUGGUAUUAAUUCAGGAUUGUUCCACGAGACACGCUUAAAGCACUCGACCACGUUUGUUGGAGCGCGCAAUCCAACUUGCAGGUAAGCACUUCGGUGGACACGCACCUGUGCCUGGCAACAAGGUGGACAGCUUAGACCAUGGACAUUUGAUGCUCGCGGAUGGGACAAUGACAACGUCAAAUAUCGCACCGCUGGUCUGCCUCUUCCUGCUGCUCCAUCAGCCUCACCACCGGCGCGUCCACGCCAAGCCAGGGAACGGCAUGAAGGCUUGGGAGAAGUUCAGCUCUGGUUCCACCACGUCCCCUCCAGCCGACGAGGCGCGAUUCCCCGAGGGCUUUUCGUGGUCCGUGGGCACGGCCGCCUACCAGGUGGAGGGCGCCUGGGACGCGGAUGGCAAGGCCGCCUCCAUCUGGGACAAGUUCACCCACGGGCACCCAGAGAUGUUCGAUGGCUCCAGCGGGGACGUGGCGAGCGACGGCUACCACCACGCGGAAGAGGACGUGGAAGCGCUGCGCUGGCUCGGCGUCAGCCACUACAAGUUCUCCAUCUCGUGGCCUCGGCUCCUGCCCAACGGUUCGGCGUCAGAGCCCAGUGCGGCGGGGCUGCGCUUCUACAACGAGACCAUCGACCUGCUGGUGCGCGCAGGGAUCCGGCCCGUGGUCACCCUCUACCACUGGGACCUGCCUCAAGCCCUACAGGAGCGCCACGGCGGAUGGCUGAGCGAGGCCACGGUGGACGCGUUCGCGGAGUACGCAGAGUUCUGCUUCCGAGCUUUCGGGGACCGCGUGCGCACCUGGUUCACGGUUCACAACCCGUACGCGGUGGCGUGGCACGGCUACGGGAGCGGCACGCACGCGCCCGGGAUCAGAGACCCCGGCCUCUCUCCCUACGUGGUGGCUCACAAUCUCAUCAAGGCGCACGCCCGUGCCUACCGCAUCUACCAGCGCCACUUCAAGCCCACGCAGGGCGGCGAGGUGUCGCUGGUGCUCGGCUCGCACUGGGUGGAGCCACGGGGAGGCAGCCAUAGCCCCAACGCUGCCGCCGGCGACGGUGGAACCAGCGCAUCCAAUAUCGUCGCGUGCCAGCGCUCGCUCGACUCGGCGCUGGGCUGGUUCGCGCGGCCCAUCUUCCACGACGGCGACUACCCGGCCAGCAUGCGCAACGAGCUCGGCGCGCGUCUGCCCACGUUCAGUCUGUCCGAGCGGGACGAGGUGCGCGGCUCGGCCGACUUCUUCGCACUCGCGUUCGGCCCCACCAACUUCGAGCGGCUGGAGGCGGCACGGCGCGCAGGCCAGGAGGCGGCGUUGCGGCUGAGGCCCCUGCUCAGCUGGGUGUCACUCGAGUACGACCGGCCGCGCAUCGUGCUCGCCGAGAGCGGGUGGUUCUCGGAUGGCGAUGGGGGCACGCGUGACACCGCCAACAUGUACAUGCUCAAGAGCUUCCUGAACGACGCCCUGCGAGCCGUGCGCGAGGACGGGGUGAGGCUCGAAGGCUUCACAGCCUGGUCGCUGCUCGACGGCUUCGAAUGGGGCCACGGCUUCCGGCUGCGGCGCGGCCUGAUGCACGUCGAUUUCACGUCGCCCGGACGCGCACGCCGGCCCAAAUCGUCGGCGCGGCUCUACCGCCAGGUCAUCGCCCGCAACGGCUUCCCCGAGCCCGAGCCGCCCGUGUACGGCACGUUCCCCAGCACCUUCUCCUGGGGAGUGACGGAGGGCAUCGUUGAGGUGGAGGAGUCCCCUUCGUCGGUGCAGUUUGCCGACACGAGCGUCUACCGAUGGGACGUGCACCACUCGGGGAAACUGCUGCAGCUGCCGGGCCUCAGGAUGCAACCGCGCCUGUCGCAGUGUACCGACUUCACAAGCAUCAGGAGCACCGUGAGCCUACUGCGGCGCACCGGCGUCACAGCGUACCGCUUCUCGCUCAGCUGGUCUCUGCUGCUGCCCUCAGGAGACCCCGGGAGGCCCAACCACGCCGCACUGCGCUACUACCGCUGCCUCGCCACCGAGCUGCGGCAUCACGCCAUCGAGCCAGUGGUUACGCUGUACCACCCAUCGCACCGCCACGUGGGCCUCCCCCGGGUCCUGAAUGACGCCGGUGGCUGGCUCAAUGUCUCCGCGGUGGAGGCGUUUGCGGCAUAUGCGCGCCUCUGCUUCGGCGAGCUGGGCGGUGCCGUGCGCACAUGGCUGACGAUGAACGAGCCCAGCACGGCCGCUCACGCCGAGGGCAGCCCUGGCUCCGCCUAUGCCAGGGCUCACAACCUGAUCCGGGCACACGCUCGGGCCUGGCGGGUCUACGACGUGGAGUUCCGUGCGGAGCAGGGCGGCCAAGUGUCCCUGGCACUGCGGGCCGACUGGUACCAGGCGGCCGACCCGUUCGCGGGCGUGGACGCCGCCGCCACUGCCGAGCGCGCCAUGCUGUUCGACCUGGGCUGGUUCGCAGAGCCGAUUUUCGGCACGGGGGAUUACCCGCAGGAGGUGAGCUCUUGGAUCGCCCAUCGCAGGCAGCUCAACCUCACAGAGUCACGGGUGCCGAGCUUCACGGAAGAGGAGAAGGCGGCCGUGCGGGGAGCAUACGACUUCAUCGCACUCAACCACUUCACCACGAGGCUGGUGCUGCACGAUGAGAAGCCAGGUUCGAGCCAAGCGCUCGACCGCGCCGUGAACAUCAUCAAGGACAUGACAUGGUUGCGGUCGGCGGGCGGGCUGGCGGUGGCGCCGUGGGGGCUGCGCGCGGUGCUGGGCUGGGUGGCACGGCGCUACGGAGCCAGGGGCGCCGCCAUCCUCGUCACCGCCAACGGUGUGGACGACCGGGCCCCCUCGGACGACCGCUUGAGGGUGCUCUAUCACCAGCGCUACAUCAACGAGAUGCUCAAGGCGUACCGGCUGGACGGGGUGCGCGUGGGCGGCUACUUCGCGUGGACAUUGCGCGACAAGGUGGCCCCGCUCUCUGGACUCUACGCCUCCCCGUACUACGACACGGCUGCCAAGGCCUCGCUGGGGCGCUACCGUGCCACCAUCGCCGCUAACGGGUUCCCGGAACCGACGGGGGUCGGCGAAAUUGACGACGACGAUGGGGCGACCUCGCCCGGCGGGACGCCCCAAGCUGGCACCGUGUGCCCGGCGUGUUUGUUUUUCCGAGCGAAGGGGCACGUGGUAUUCUUCUCGAGCUGCCUGCUUUCCAGCGCGCUGCUGCUCGUCAUCUUCUGCGUCUACCGACGUAAGCGACGGAAACUCUACCCGUCGCUCAAGCGAAAGGAGAACUCGUACUGUGCUUAGUUGAUGAACGGCGUUUGUAGAAGAGCGGGGAAGGAGAGCUCACGUGUGGAUAAUAUGAAACAAAUAUCACUGCUGUGCUGUAGAACAGUUAUCAUUUAUUUAAGAGAUUGUCGACAAAAGUUCUUAAAAUUUUAUUAUGUUUGAAUUUGUUAUGCUCAGGGUGAUACAGUGCUAAGGAAAUAAUUGAUAUUUGCAAACGAUUCACCCACCGCCUCGUCCCAGCUUGGUGAGAAUUGUUACAAUUUGGGAUUGCGGUUUGAUCAAAAAACUUAUUAUUUUCGGUGGAGUUUUUACUCUGUUAUUCCUAUAAUUAUUUUUUUAAUCUUACGUGUCAAGUUUGUAUCUCGCUCAAUUAGCCUAAAUGUAAUGUUAAUUUAUCAUCCACACAUAAUUUGCCCUUAAUGUGUAAAUAAUAAUUUCUUACACAAUUCGAUGCCCGUAUGUGUUCGGUGAAUGCUACACGUGCUUUGUAAAAAAAAGACUAAUAAAACUAGCACAGUGACACAGGUAAUUGACAUAAAACACACACAUUGUUCACGCAGUCACCACUCGUGGGACUUUCAUUCCUGGGAGCUCAAGUCCACAUAUCGACAAGCAUUGACUUUGGCCCAUCACCCCACCAGGGUCAGUACACUUAGCAUCACCUCUGAUGCCUGUGGCUAAAUCAUAUGGACGGACCGGUGCCCAUCAUCAUCAUCACAGUCCAUGGGUAGAUAACCCGUCGGUGUCCGCUGCACAUUUCGUCAUGAUGGGCCACUGAACGAAAUGUGUAGUGGCCCAUCGCAGGGAUGUGAACUUUCCAUCCAUUUCUCAGAAGUCCCAAUUGAGAUAAGUACCGCCUAGCACUCGUUAGAGCACGGAAACACUUUAGACUCUUGGUUCUCUUCUUUUUUAAGUUACUGUAUAUGUUUGUAAUUUGUGUACUGUAUUUAUAUUUCAUUUUCUAGUGUGCUGUGUUAAGGGAGUACAAGACCAACACUGCUUUUUAGUUGGAACACUCAAGUGAGCGGUAUGUCCUCCAUUCUAACAACUUUUAAUUACAUAUGUUUGACAAUACUAGCUUAAAAAGAGAUACUUAUUUAAUAUUAUAAGUCGUGAGUGGCUCACGGAUGUAUUGAUUUUAAAAAGGGCUGCAUGUGGACACUCCUAAAGCAACAAGUGACACUCUAGCUAUCGAUUAAUAUACUUCACGAGUAACAUUGGCUGCAUUAAGAAAAACUGUUAUCCAUAAAUACUUUACUGAGUGUAAAUAUCAAGUACACACGUAGAUUGUAUAUUAAAAGAGCUGUUUAUAGAUAUGCGCUGGUGUAUAUCGUUUUGUACAAUAAAAAUAUGUGCAAUAUUAUAAGACAUUCUGUACAUGUGCAAAAGAGUACUGUCAAUGUAACAUCUGGCAGAUUGUUGUUAUUGAUGAGUACAAUAAACACGAUGCCUUCUGACAGUAUUUGUCCCAUGAUAUUUCACUGGGUAUAAUUUAUACUCCGUGUUGUACUCAAGUGGCGAUGGAAUGUCUCCAUUGCGUAGUUAUUGCUGCCUCUUAAAGUUACACAGCGUUAGCUGCAAUACUUCAGAAUCAAACAGUCUGCAAAUACUGCCACGCGUCCUAACAACAGAAUAUAUUAUUUAAUUAUUAUAUUAGUGUACUCUUUUGUUCAGACAUCCCAGCUGCUCGCGAAUUUCGCGAUUUUCACCUGAAGACGGACACUUGAGUUG